AUGAUGACGCUCCGAUCCGAGAAGCCCUCCCCAUCCGAUCCGGCCGAUGGCUCGGGAGAGCGCAGGGCUAUGCGGGCGGCGCCCCCUCAGCUUCCGCCGGAGAUAAUUGACGCCAUCAUCGACCACAUCGACAACCACAUCGAUCUCCUCUCGAUGGCAUGUCUAUGUCGCCAAUACAGCGAAUACGCACUCAAGAUUUACUACCAACGACACUUUCAAUCGCAAGGCCUGUCUUGGAUUUCGCGCCUCCUUUGGCCCGGGACGCACUACGACGAUCCCCUGAAGGACAGGCCCACCCCGGAGGAUUCCGCGACGGCCCUCGGCAUGCUCAGGAGAGGAACCCCCUUCUGCGACCCUAACGAGAUCUGGUACCAUCAGCCGCCCGGGACACCUGACAUUAGCUACCUCUACUUCCGCUGGAAAGGCGGCAUCGGUACCGGUUACUGCUUUGGCCGGUACCCCAUGCUGCACUUCGCGGCGUACUCCGGACUCGACGACAUCGUGGAGCACCUGGUCGAGAGCGGCGCCGACGUCAAUGCGACGCCGACCCAACACACGAGCGACGAGGAUGUCGUCUUGUCGCAUCUCACGCCCUUGUUCAUGGCUGCGUACGGCGGAUCCGUAGAAUCCGCCCGAAUCUUGCUUGGCCAUGGUGCUCGUAUCGAGAUGAGCUGGGUCGCGGCACUCCAGAGCGGCAAACCCGAGAUGGUCCAACUCAUGAUCGACAGCAAGCCUGAUUUGGUCCGCGACCCGAUCACCAUCUACCGCAAAACGAUGAAUCCGUUCAGCGCUGCUCUCGACUUUAGCGAAGACGAUCCCGUCCCCGUCAUCGCGACUCUCGUAGCCAACGGCGCGGAUACGGCGUACGUCAAUGCGUACAACCGGAACGUGAGUUACGCUCUGGUAUGGUAUCAAAUCGACUAA